UUGACCAAGGCUUAAGCUUAGUACAUGAGGGGGCGACCCGUAGGCACUUCAUUUUCUCUAUUCUCCAUUUAACACUUAACCUGAUGAGGAAGAGGGAUAUAGCAUGAGCCCCUCUUGAUAACGAGGUUUGAAAAUGGAGCAAACAGAUGGACGCGAUGAAACAAACCGGAUCAAUAAUGAUUCCGAGGAGGAAGCACCCAGCAGUAACAGCAGCAAUGGCGUUACACAAAGAGCCUCCUCGCCGAGGAAGAGAGCGUUAAGACUCUACAGCUCAGAUCAGUCGGAUGUGGUUAAAAGUACCACACCAACUCCGCAGGAUGAGGAACAAACUAGCACACCCAGUUGCCCUGUAACACGAAGUAAAGCUUUGUCCUCUGGAGCUGUUCAAAAUAUGAGCUCCAGCUCUAGCAGUGCUUCACCUGAGGAUAGUUCGGGGGACAGUAGUGAAGGAGGAGCAAGAGAGAAGACAACGCCAUUAGUAAAGACACGUCCAACAAGAAAAGGAAGAUUUGCAAAAGGAACUACGUUAAUGGCGUCUCUUAAAGUGAAACAAAGUGGAGGAGGAGGAGGAACUAAUACAUGUAAGACUAAAAAAGGAGCUAGUUCUAACCGUAGAUCAAGCAAAGGGAAGGAGGAGGCAUCCCCAGUAUCUGAUAAUACAGCUGCUAGUGAUAAGAAUGUCACUACUGGUACUACUGAAAAUGAAGAUCACAUGUUUGGUGGUGUUUUGUCCUCUAUACCUGACGUGGGACUUUGCUCUUUCUCUGUUGAAGUGGCCAAUGUCAACUCAACCAAGAGAAAGAAGCGUUCUCUCUCUCCACCUUUGGACUCUGACCCUCAUAAAACAAACAAAGCUAGUAAAAUGUCAGAUGAAGAUUCAGACAGAGUUCUGUCUCCUGAAAUAGAUCUUCAAAACCAGACCACCGCCACUUCCUCUAUCCAGCCACCAGCUAUACAAGCUGUUAAACAAGAUGGAGUCAUGGCCUCGAGUCAGUCUUGCUAUACAACAGCUGGUCAGUAUAAUACCCUCUCCACACAAGAACUGAUCAACAAUAUUCCUCCUAUUAACACAGCAAUGCCGAUAGGAGUAGCAAGAGUUCCUCAUCACUCGAGCCGUUCACUAGUAGGUAUCCAUUGGUCUAAUGAAGGAGGUACAAGACACCCUCUAAUGGCUACUGGUCCCUCUGUCCUCUCUGUACCGGAGGAAGUUCAAAAUGUCUCUGUAAUAGAUACAUCAGCUUUUCCUUUUCACACGUUGGGUAGAAUAGGAAGGAGUAGUGGUGAGAGCUUACCUCUGACUCAUAGAAGCAAUUGGAACACUGCCUCUUCUAGUCAAUAUACCAUUCAUCAUCGAGUGAAUACUGAUCAUGUGACUGGUGGUCAUGUGACUAGUGGUAUUGGUCAUGUGACUGGUAGUAUUGGUCAUGUGACUAGUGGUAUUGGUCAUGUGACUGGUGGUGUUGGUCAUGUGACUAGUGUUGCUGGUCAUGUGACUAGUGGUGUUAGUCAUGUGACUAGUGUUGCUGGUCAUGUGACUAGUGGUGUUAGUCAUGUGACUAGUGGUAUUGGUCAUGUGACUAGUGGUAUUGGUCAUGUGACUAGUGUUGCCAGUCGAUUGUCUGAUAUGUCACUAAUGCAGGGUUACUUUCUCUAUCCACAUCACCAGUUUAAUGAACAUUUAUUAUCACACGGUCCAGUACUAACUAAUGCUGUAUCGUCUCCAAUCACUUCUAGCAUUAUUAAUGAACCAGUUUCUGCCUCUUCUCUUUCUAAUACCAGCUCUACUACUAAUAAAGGAAUCAACCCUGUUCACACUGGAAUCAAUUUUGCAAUGGAUUCUGCUCAAGUUGAAAUCAAUCCUGCUUAUACUGGAAUCAAUUCUUUACAUUCAAGUUCAGGCUCAUCAAAAAUGGAUAAUAAUAAUAAUAAUAUUAGACUCUUAUCUCCUGAUACUCUCUCUAUGGUAUCUUUGCCGCAAGGAGUCACUUCAUCUUAUUCAUCAUCUUUUUCUCAUUUAUUAACAUCAUCUCCUCUCAUCACUAGUACAGCUGGAGCUUCAACCACCAAGACUACCCCCACUAGCUCUCAUUCCUCACCCCUGGUUAGCAAUCUAUUAAUGACUCUUCCAAGUCACUUUCAAUCAAUUGGUUUAGCUUCUACUGUAUCUGAACCAAGCCCUCUCUCUCCUCCUCCUCCUUUCUCUUCUCCCUUUCUCCCUCCGUCUUCAUUAUAUUCUAUUGUUGGGAUGAAUCUAAAUACUGCCCCAACUGUUAGUGCUGGUUCUAAGAAAUCAUCUGCUGCCAGGAGGAGUUCUGUUCCAUUAUUAACUCCUUCAAAAAAGAACAAUAAAUCGUCACAGACUAAAACCACGAGUGCUACUACUGCAAAGAAAGUUUCUCACUCAUCAACUUCAGGCUCAAAAUCUUCUCGUACAAGUACUACCAGUUCUAGUAAGGUCUUUAAGAAAACCUCUCAUGAGAAAAACUCUUCUCAAGCUUCAACUCCUCCUUAUCUUCAAGUUAGCCCUGAAUGGAAGGACUCUCUCCAGAGUAAGAUGAGGGAUUUACUGAGGAUCAAUUCAAAAAGCAGUGAGUCUCGUUCUGGUUUGACUACCCCUUCAGCUCUCACUGUGACUCCAAUCACACCGUCGAAUUCUACCAACAAUUUCCCGUUUCCAGUUCCUAUUUCUCCUCGUCCUUCCUCUCUCGCUCCCGCUCCCUCUCUCCUUUCUCCUCUCUCUCCCUCGUCUCUCCCCCUCUCUCCCUCAUCUCUCCCUUUCUCUCCUCCUCGUACUCGACCAUCAAAGAAAACCACCAAACAGUCAAAAGGAUGCACCAAUAAACUGACACGCCCACCACCGAUGAGAGCGACCACGCCCUCAAUUCUAGGGAGAACGGGAGGAUCCCCUCCGUUUAACGCUGGGGCACACCAACCACCCAAUUCUCUACCGCUAACGGCAGCUAUUGCUUCUUGCUUGAUCUCUCCUGAUCAAAUUGAUAUUUUAGGAUUAAAUAAUUUCUCAUCUUCACUUCUCUCUUUGUUAACUGGAAGUGCAGGGUUUGCUUGUCUUGACGCUAUUAAUUAUGCCGAGCUUGAGAGACAGUUUAGGAGUGCACAGUCGAUUCUGGAGACACAGCAACUUCAUGUUAAUAAUCUAAAGAACAGAUUAGUUCAAGCUCGUUUCCAACAGCAGGUAUUAUUAUUACAGUCUGAUCACUAUCAAGGAUGCACUAAGAACCUCAUCCUUCCCUCAAUGAGGGAUCACCUGGAGGUCCCUAUAUCAAUACCAGGAUACAAGACUAACUUAAGUGGUUCUAUACCCCCCGACCAGUGGAAAGGAUCCUUUGAAAGGCCUCACUUGGAGUGUUUAGAUUUUUAUAAAUAAUGUUUGAAUGUUGAGAGAUGGUUAUUGAUUAAUUAUUGUUAAUUUAUUAUUA